GCACUACGUUGUGCUUACAAAGACAGGGAGGUGUGUGAGACGGAGAUCGGUGGCUUCCACUGCGAUGGUGGUUGGGGCGCUGUGCGUGCUUGUCCAAGGUGUUUGAAUGUUUGGGGUCUCUGCGAGACCACUUUUGUCAUGUCGGUUGUAGAUCAUGACUGGGAGGCAGUCCACUCCCCUGCACGGAGCUUAUUAAGAGGGGGACCAGAGACUCAGCGUGGAUCAGCAACGCAAACACUCAGUCCAGGUCAUUUUUAAUUAGCGUGUGUGUGUGUGUGUGUGUGUUUUAGUUUUUAAAUCAUCACACGAGUGCUUUCAUAACUGGCAUUGAUUUAAAUGAGUAGAGAUUAGAACGUGAAGUGACCUGGUGUAGUGGCAGGACAACAUGAAUACGUCACAGGCCUACCAGACAGAUCUGGAAGUCAUUUUAGAGUUCCUUGAAGAACACUGCAGACAAGAGACUAGGGGCCUAUGGGAAAACGCCGAUUUCCAUACAAACCAGCAAAUCGUUGCCGAUGACUACGGCAUCCUGUCGCACCACGUGGAUUCGUUACAACUGCUUUCCUCAACAAAGGCUCACCAAGCCGCAGGACCAAAGGAAAACGCACUGGAUUCGGCCGGGAUAAGGGACUCGGUAAUCCAGGGCAUGUCCGUGGAGGAAGCUACUGGUGGGAAAAGCCCUUUAAGUGAGCACGUAAGCCUUGAGGAAAGAGCCGGAUCAUCCCCCAGCGCUACACCUGCAGGCAGAGGGAAAAAGCUGCGCCUCUUCCACUUUUUGUUCGAGAUGCUGGAAGACCCUGGAAUGGCGCACUGCUUGUACUGGGUUCCUGCGUCUGUGGGGGUUUUCCGCUUCUCCUCCACGUAUAAAGAACAUGUGGCUGCACUCUGGGGCCAGCGCAAGGGCAACCGAAGGCCCAUGACCUACCAGAAGAUGUCCCGAGCCCUGAGAAACUAUACCCGCUCGGGUGAAAUCAUCAAAGUGAGAAAAAAACUGACCUACCAGUUUAGCGGCGCCACCCUGACUACGUUACGGAGCCAGCAGAGAAUGAAGAACGCCUAACGCUAACAGGGUGAUUUCUUUCUUGAAUUCCUUGUCUGAUUCUCUGUCCAUCUCUGGUUUGUCUCUUGGCUGUGAUGCGGUUUUGAAGCAGCCAUUCUCUCCCGUGUGACGUGUGCCACACUGCUGAGUGUUUCCUAACAAGUCAUAACACUAAACACAUUCAAAUGAUUAAAAAAAACAACAACAACAACAACAACAACAAAAACCCAUACUUUUUACGAUUAAAAAAAUGACACCGUGUUGAAGAACAUCACGACACCCAGCGUGAGAUGUGUUUGUUCUGCAGCAGUUCAUCAGAAGGCUUUGCUUCAUGUCUUUGUGUUACGCUGUCUUAUUUUCUUUAAAUAAAUAAAGUCAUCUUCGCUU